GCCAACAACGAAUCAGUCGUAAGGUAUGUUUGGUGUCAGUUCGUGACCAGUUUUCUGUCGAAAUUGUUCUUCUUCGUGGAUCAACAAGGCUUGCCAUCUAUCCACGGUGCGGUUAUUGUGAAUAGCUCCACCGGUACGUGCACACGGAUUCACUCAACUUAUUGGCAUACAUGCAGUAUCCUUGCAGCGGCUCGGCAACAUGGCGUAUACAGUAAACCAAUUGUUCCACACGGCGAUGUUCCUGACAUAUGUGUUCACGACGUACAGUGGGUUCCAGCUUCGCAUACCCAUUGAGAUGUCUGCGUUCAAAAAGUACAAUCCAGGACAAUUGAAAUACCUGACGAUAUGGGGUGUGAUAAUUCAAGCGGUAUUUUUCUUCAUAUGUAUGCUGAACGAUUGGUUCGGCACGAAUGCUGUAAAUCCGAAGAAACCGCCGUUUAUACGGAAACUAAAGGAUUAUACGUUUGCGUCCUUCAGUUUUCCGGUCGCAAUGUUUGUAGGAAUUGUGUUCUGGGGAUUGAUGGCCGUAGAUCGCGAAUUAGUAUUCCCAAAAGCCGUUGACCCUUACUUUCCAUGGUGGUUAAAUCAUUUAAUGCACACAAUGAUCAUGGUCUCGACGAUGAUAGAGAUAAUACUAGCGCCAAGAAAAUACCCAAGUCGAUCGAAUGGACUGUUUGGACUUUGUAUCUUGCUAAGCUGUUACAUGAUUUGGAUGCACAUAAUCUAUUACAAGAGUGGCAUCUGGGUGUAUCCCAUAAUGGCAGUGCUGACAGUGCCAUUGCGAAUUAUGUUCAUGGCGUCAGCGGUGUUACUCACUGUAAUCCUGUAUCUCCUUGGACAGACACUGGAUAACCUAAUUUGGGGUAACGAAUACACUAAACACCAAAAGUCUCAUGCCAAGAGCAAGUAGCCUCGCCCGGUGGUUAGAUACUGCCUUCGAUCACAUUCGACCUCCUCCAAGGUGGUGGUGGUGGUGAAUAAAACAAAACUAAAUAAAAUAUUCUCUACCCUCUCCAUACCCCAUUACAGCAUGCACGUGUUACUCGGAUGAAUCACUUGAAAAUAUAAUACGCUCGUAACGUGCAUGCAAAAAGAAGCGCGUAUUUCAAAUGGAAAGCUCAAGAAACGAUACAAUGCAGUCUCGGUUAUUCGCUCGCGAGGGUUGGGUCGCUGAAGCAUGUAGGUUAUGAUUCCUUGCGCGGCUUGUUUCUCAUAUACGCGUUGCAAAAGGGGAAACUAAUUGUAACUCGACACACUACACAUUGAAUAGUGCCUAAUGUUCAUAGCGAUGUAAAUAAAUAGAAAACACCAUGUACGUACACUCCUGCCCAGAAAUGUUAGAACAUUUAUCGCAUGUGAAGUAAACCCGGAUGACUUAUAAAAGUAUCAAGUCUCGAAUAAAUAUUACUUAAACAAUAUUAGUUUAAUAUGCAAUGUCAUACUGAGAUAACGUUCUGACACUUAAAGGUGGAAGUUAAAUUCGUACACACGAUG